GCCAAAACAAAAACAACCAAAGAUAACAGCUUUAGGGAAAAGAGGAGAGGAGGGCUUCACUGACCACUGACUCAGGUUAGUCUUUGUUCCUUGGUAAGAUUAACCCACUAAAGUUUUUCUUAGAUUUUGUGUGAUUUUUGUUUUCAAUUUUUGUGUUGGGGAAUGAUAAAGAUCAUGUUUUUAAUAGCAUACCCAGAUGAUGAUAAAUGUCUUUGAGAUGGUCAAUUUGUGAUGAUUGAUGUUGAUUUGGGGUUGACUGUGUUUCUUGGGAGAAGGAGAAGAAAUGUAACUGAGACCCUUUUCAGAUUAGAUUGAGAUGGGUUGCCUUUAGAUCCAGGAAAACCCAAGUUUUAUGUGAAAAAAGCUUCCACCUUUUGCUGGGGGUUUUCUUGUGAUUCAUUAGGGUUGCUUUUCUGUCUUUCCUAGGUUCUUUCUCAUGAACCCUCUGCUUUCUCAUCUUGGGUUUAUAAAUAGAGUUUGGAUUGCAGUCAUUUUCAUAUGCUUAGGUGUAUAUUUGAGGGUUGGUGGUGAGGAUAGGAUUUCGGUCUCAUGUGGCUGAGUCUUUGCCAGAAAGAGGAAGUGUUUCCUAAGCUAAGCUUUAUAAGGAACUUAAUUCACCUGUGAAGUCUUGAAAUUUGUGUCAUUGGGAGUUUAGAUUCGUUGUUGCUGGUCAGAUCUGAUACCCCUUUUCGUUGUGCUCAUGUUAAGCACGUAGCCCAUCUUUGUUUGGUCAUAGUGGUGCAGAACUGUGUUUAUAUCACUAUAAUUGUGAGAGAAUUAGUGGAUCAGUGAUGUAAUCUGCAAAGAGAGGGUUGUUGUCUAAACUUAAAAAAAAGAAUCGUUAAUUUACCGAGGGGGGUUUGGAGUGACUGUCGAAAUUGUAUGAAGACAAGGAAAUUAAUGGAGGACAUGUCUCCAGCAGUUGCAGUGACACUUAGUUUAGGUAAUACUGUGUGUGAUAAUUCCGCAAUUGCAACCAAUGUGGAGUUCGCAUGGCUAAAGCUAGUAACAGACCCAGGAAAUCUUUCAUCGGAUACCACUAAGGUGGUGCCUUUGGAGUUGAUUUCAAAUGGAAGUGGCAAUGAUACUAGGAAUGAAAUUAGUGUGGUAACCGUGCCAUCACAAGACGAUAACAAUGGGGGAGCUGAUGUGUUGAAGUUGCUGCCAAAGAAUGGACACAGUUUGGUUAUUAAUGAUUCCGUGGUUAAAGAAAGUGAGGAAGAAAUCUUAUCCUUUAGAUAUGAUACUAAUGGAAUUGUUAGUGAGCAGUUGCUAACGUUAGAGUUGGGGUCUGAGAUAAGCUUGACAGAGGUUGUGGAGAUGGGAAAUACUGGCGAGGGUCAGAUUGUUGCAAAAGCUAUUGUCUUGGUCGAAUCUACUAUAGGGCAAGUGCCUUCUGGUGAAGUCAUUGUGGCAGCAGUAACUCCAGUUUCUGAGUUACCUGGUAAAACUGAAUUAGCAGCCUCUACAGCAGUGGAUUUGCAGUCAAACGGGGAGAAGAAUGUUAGUAAAGCAGCCAUCCGAAGUGUUUUUGAGCUGGACUGUAUUCCUCUUUGGGGUUCCAUUUCAAUCUGUGGAAGAAGACCAGAAAUGGAAGAUGCAAUUGCUGCUGUGCCUCAGUUCAUUAAUAUUCCAAUUAAAAUGCUUAUUGGCAAUCAUGUGUACAAUGGAAUAAGCCCAAGUUUGACCCACCUAACCAGUCAUUUUUUUGGUAUUUAUGAUGGGCAUGGAGGAUCUCAGGUUGCUAACUAUUGUUGUGAACGGCUUCAUUCAGCUUUGGCUGAAGAGCUUCAAAUUAUUGAGGAUGAUUUGACUGAUGGAAUAAUGGGAGAAACUCAGCAGGUGAAGUGGGAGAAAGCAUUCACUAAUUGCUUCCAGAGUGUAGAUGAUGAGACAGGAGGAAAAGUCAGCAGAGGCAUCACCGGAAGUAAUGAGGAUGCUUCUGGCUCCAGCUUUGAGCCUGUUGCCGCAGAAACUGUGGGGUCUACAGCUGUGGUUGCAUUAGUCUGUUCUUCCCAUAUUAUAGUUGCGAACUGUGGUGAUUCAAGAGCCGUUCUUUGUCGUGGCAAACAACCAGUACCAUUAUCAGUAGAUCAUAAACCAAACAGAGAAGAUGAAUACGCAAGAAUUGAGGCUUCUGGAGGGAAGGUCAUACAGUGGAAUGGACAUCGUGUAUUUGGAGUUCUUGCAAUGUCGAGGUCCAUUGGGGAUAGAUAUUUGAAACCCUGGAUAAUUCCAGAUCCAGAAGUCAUGAUUGUCCCUAGAGCCAGAGACGAUGAAUUCCUCAUUUUGGCUAGUGAUGGAUUAUGGGAUGUCAUGACGAACGAGGAAGCAUGUGAAGUGGCUCGAAGGCGCAUACUGCUGUGGCACAAAAAGAACGGGGUUACUCCUCUGGCGGAAAGAGGCACAGGAGUUGAUCCGGCAGCGCAGGAAGCGGCUUCAUAUCUUUCAACUCUUGCCCUCCAAAAAGGAAGCAGAGACAAUAUCUCUGUGAUUCUGGUGGACUUGAAAGCUCAUAGAAAGUUCAAGUGCAAAUCUUGAAUGAGGAAAGGUUUAGCCACAUUGAAUGGCCUUGGCUAUUUUCUUAUAUCUAAGAUAGAUAAUUAUAUAGAGAUGGUGGUCUACUGAUUUUCCUCAUGGACUCUGUGUGUACAAUUAUAGAAAUCUGUAUGUACUAUGUACUGUAGCAACUGUAAUGCAUUGGCAUAUUUGCUUUUUGUGUAUUUUGCAACAUUCUAGAUACACAGUAUCUGAAGAUGUGCAUUUUCAACUAGUAAUGUAAAUUUUAUGCAUUUUGCAUUUUAUUA